UGCCAGGAUGCAUUCAUCGAUCCCACAACUAUCAUUGCGCAACGUGUGCGCAGCUCGGCUGGCUUUAUGUUGCCCUCGUAUUGGAUUCGAUGCGUUGAUGUGAUACAUCGGUGAAACGGGGACGACAUGAGAGUAACGAUGUGUCGGUCGUCUUUAGUAUAAAAGCGAAAAUGGGCGACAGAAGCGAGAGAGGCCCGGUGAAGCGCGGACGCAGAACCACGAUCUCCGGAGAAGCGGCGGGGACUCGAGCGGAGCGCGGCGGCGCAGCGGAGACGCGCAACCGGCAGGCGCAGGAGGAGAAGAGGCGCGAGUCACCAGCGAGAAAACACAAACACGACAAUCAUGCCAGUACAGACAGACUCCGCUGUCACACUCUUCAGGAGUCUCUGCUGAGCUCUGACAGCGGUUACAGUAACUACAGAGGAAUCCUCAACUGGUGUGUGGUCAUGCUGGUUUUGACCAAUGCACGUCUCUUCCUGGAGAACCUUAUAAAGUAUGGCAUACUGGUGGACCCCAUCCAGGUGAUCUCACUCUUCCUGAAGGACCCCUACAGCUGGCCUGCUCUGUGCCUGAUCAUCGUUUCUAUCGUGUUUAUAAUGGCAGCUCUGUACACUGAGAGGCGGCUGUCUGUGGGCACCAUCUCGGAGAGCACCGGAACAUUCCUUCACUGCAUCAAUCUCACCGUCAUUUUAUGUUUCCCAGCAGCCACCGUUCUCACCCUGACCUCUGUGACCCCAGUGGGAGGCGUCUUGGCAUUGAGUGUCUACACCAUUCUCUUUCUGAAGCUGUACUCUUACAGGGACGUCAACAAAUGGUGCAGAGAGACGAGACAGGCCAAAGCUCGAACGCUGUCUCGCUCACACUCCUGCCCGUCUGUGCACAGAGCCAAUGGAAACACUGGACACACGCGCGUGUCGUACCCGGGUAACCUGACACACAGAGAUAUGUUUUAUUUUCUUUUUGCUCCGACUCUCUGCUACGAGCUGAACUUCCCGCGCUCUCCGCGGAUACGAAAACGCUUUUUACUGCGUCGGCUGUUUGAGAUGCUGUUUUUGAUCCAGUUAAUGGUUGGGCUGAUACAGCAGUGGAUGGUUCCGACCAUUCAAAACUCCAUGAAACCCUUUCAGAACAUGGAUUUCUCCAGAAUGGUGGAGCGUCUGCUGAAACUCGCUGUACCCAAUCAUUUGAUCUGGCUCAUCUUCUUCUAUUGGUUUUUUCACUCCUGUAUGAACUUCGUGGCUGAGCUUCUUCAGUUUGGAGACCGAGAGUUUUACAGAGACUGGUGGAACUCUGAAACUGUCCCUUAUUUUUGGUCAAACUGGAACAUUCCUGUACACAAGUGGUGUUUACGACACUUUUAUAAGCCCAUGAUGAUGAGAGGAGUGAAUAAGUUAGCAGCUCAGAUCGCCGUCUUCUUCCUCUCAGCAUUUUUCCACGAGUAUUUGGUGAGCGUGCCAUUGAAGAUGUUUCGGCUGUGGGCGUUUUUGGGAAUGAUGUCACAGAUUCCGUUGGCUUAUUUUGUGGGCCGGUUCUUGCGGGGAAACUAUGGCAACGCCGCCGUCUGGAUGUCUCUGAUCAUCGGUCAGCCCGUUGCAAUCCUGAUGUACGUCCACGACUAUUACGUCCUGAAUUCUGCGGGCGCGUCACAGAGCGACACAGUAUGAUGUUUUCUUCAAUAACUGAGAUGUUGAAUAUAUUUUUACUAGGAUGAACUUUUUAAGGGACAUAAAAGACCAAUUCUCUGCGAUGACGUAUGAAGCAAAGCGAGCAGGCUUGUGUUUUAUCAUGUGCACACUGCCGAGCCAAAGCAACAUGACAUCAUGUCUUCUCACUGCUGUUUGAGCCAAUGAAGUGAUGGAGUUUUUACAUGCCCUUUUAUUUACUCCAUGUGUUCAAACCUGUAAGUGUUGCACUUUAUUCGUAAAUGCAUGAAGUUUGUCAGUCUUUUUAACAAGGUUCAUUUCAAGAAUGUAAUUGUCUUUAUGUUGAUUUGAAUGCUUGUUGUCUAUUAUAAUUUGCAGAGGUAGAAAUCUCAUUAUUGUAUGUGACCUUGUUUAAGCCAAAUGAUAUUUUUGUGCCAUUUUAAUUGCCUGUAAUAUAUGGUUUAUGAUGCUCAUUUGAUGUAUUGGAUCAUAUAGGCUCGGUUUCAUAGACAAGGCCUUAGUUAAAUUAGGAUAUUUAAGUCGCUUUCAUUAAAAUGCCUUUGAUAAAAACAUUACUGGUGUGCAUCUCGAGACAAAACAAUGGCAGUUACAUAUUUAAAGAUAUGUCAGAGCAAUUUAUUUUCAGUUAAAACGGCUCAAACGUUCAGUUAAGUCUGGGACUAGUCUUAAGCCUUGUCUAUGAAACCGGGCAAAAGAAUGUCAUACCAAGUGUCAGCCUUAUUGAUUUUUUUGUCAGCAACAUUUUAUAUAUCAUCUAAUAAUCGAGAUAAUGCAGUUUAAAAUUAUGAGCCGAUUUCUGAUGUGCCAAACUGUUCACAAGUGUUUGCUUUUGUGAUUCAUGGGAUCAAAACGGUUUCAGAAUGGUUUUCCCCAUUAUCGCAGCUUACAGCUGUAUUUUCUUUGCCGAUCGUGUGUAAGUAUAUGAAAAAGGUUUUGAUGGAGACUCAUGAGAUGAACACAACGUACUGUAUGUGCUGUCAGAAACAUUGUUUUAAACUAAAUGUGAAUUGAGUUCAACUAAUAAUGGAAUGAUAUUUUGAUUCCAUUGCACUUCAUGCAUUUGUUUUUAAAGAGAUGUUGUGUUCUUUG